AUCAUUUGUGUUGCUUUUGUGUGAUGUGUGAAUUAUUAUGGUGUAGCAUGCAAUAUUUUAUUUUAUUUAGUGAAUAAAUGUAUAAUAUGCUUCUCAUACUUGAUAAGCCAUUAUGCAAAGUGAGAAUAAAGUGCGUCGUUUCACUAGAUCUAAUCCAAUUGACGGGAAUUCUGAGGAUACAUGCUCUAACGAUAUCCAUAUAAGCGAAGCUCAAACAAAUGCCAAUUUGAGAUCACCCAAACAUCAGUCGACGAUGGCAUCCAGGAUCGCAACGCCUAGAAAGACUCCGAAUUCGACUAGGAAGACACGAAGUAGACCAAUAUCGUGCAGUUCCAAUAGUACUACUGAUGAUUCUUCCCGCGACGAAACGGAAGAAGACGAGGAUGACGAUCCAAAUCCUUUACAACCCAAGCUAACUCGUCUAAAAGCGAAACAGCUGAAUAAGAAGCCUCUUCCAAUAGUUCCGCUGAACGCACCUCGGCCGGAUGCGGAAGUGGCAGCUUUAAUUCGGGAAGAGCUUGGUUCCGACGACGAUGACGAAGAAUACAAACCAACGGAAGAUGAUAUUCACUCGGAUGACGACCCGAAUACCACAAUUUCCGACAUAGAUUCGCAACCGCGAACACCUGCCACUCCAGCAACUUCCGAAAAACUGCAACAAGAUAUUGAAGGUGGGUUCAGUUAUACCAAAGAUGGACUAUUUAAAAUUCCUCGACCCAGAAACGAUAGUCAGUGUUCGCAUUCGGAAAACGAGCAAGAGAAUAUUGCUCGUCGAACACGUUCCAAACUGUGUCUGCAAACUACGGCAAUUGAAACAAUUGAGUCAACAUUCAUUCCACCAGACAUCACUACGGACAUGUACGAUUUUGACUGUGAUAUGGACCAUGUAUGGAAGGAAUUUUUAAGCGAAUUCACCAAACCGUUGCCAAUUAACGUAGAAGAUGAUGACGAUACGGACCCCGAAUAUAUUGCCGCUGGAAGAAUUCCAAUUGAUCGCGAAGAGUUGCGUGAGGUAAAAGUCUCUCGGAAAGAGCUUAACGAACUCGUGUCAGAAUUACUUGAGUGUGGUUUGAACGACGAUGAAACAUUUUUGGAAACUAGUAUAUUUAAUACAACUCCUAUCACCAACGAAGGCACUAGUGAAUAUGUUUCGAAAGCCCCGCAAACAGUUCUACCCGUGUGUGGAAAUGAAACGGAAUGCCAACCCUUAAAUAUUCAGUCGUCAUCAUCAGCUACCUCUACAAUUAGUGAAGUUCCUGUUAUAAUCUCCACGCCUUCCUCGACCGCAACUCAGCCGCUAGUAAAAUCGAAUAAUACUUUGUUAGGUUGCGUUACUUCUUUGGCACAACCGAUGGUUCACAUGAGUAAGAUGCACAAUCUACCCAAUACGGCUGGGGGCCUAAUUGCUUACACUGCACAGCCAAACUUGCUCAAUCACACUUCUAAUAUACAGCACGGCAGGUCGCUAACAAACUUUAACAGUGGUCGUUUCUUCGUUCAACUAUCAACUAUAGACCCAUCGAGCUAUCAAGCAUAUUAUUUAUCAUCUAGUACGGCACCGACAGUCCCGAUGGAGCAUCGUGAAUCGGUGGAACCAUCCGAUCGUCGUUACCGCUUCAACCAUACUCUAAUGCCGGUAGAAGUGAAUCUAGACGGACAACAAACCGGUUUCGUCAACUUCCAACUACAGCUACUCCAACAGCAGCUGCGAGUGCACGUUCAGUUGGCAGCACAAAAUUUCCUGCAAAGCUAUGCGCAUCCCAAAUUUUGGAAAAUGGCGAACACAUUCAAAAAUAUGCUAAUUGAGCUACAGAACGAAGCAGCAACAAACCCUGCUAUGAAGGCAUGGAAUCUUGAUGCUGCUGUAGAUUGCUGUUUAAGCUGGGAAUCAGAACUGCAGCAUCUUACAGAUGAAAACAAUGAAUUUAUGGAAUUUUUACUAAAAGAGGCAGAAAAGGCUGAAAAGGCCAAACAGGACUCGAAAUACUAUCAAAGCACAUUUCACCCAAAAAUGAUGGAAAAAGUCGUCAACAAUCGCGCCUUUCUGUAUCCAAAGUUGCUUCCAUACACCCCAUUCCGUAUGGAUCUACGUUCAGAAUUCCAAAUCAUAAAGUCGGAAGAACGUCUGAUCGCUUUCGGCAUGGAAUUGUUUUUUCCCAUCGUUACAGAUAAAAUGGCAGGACGAAACUUUUUCCAGACGAAAAAGCCAACGUUGCAGCUUGUGUGCCAACAUGUCAGCAAGUAUCUCUGCACAAUUCAUUCCGUUUCGCAAAUAUACAGUCGAAUAGCUUGCCGUCGGCGUGCGCGUUAUCUGAAUCCCAUUAAGCAAUUUUUUACCCAUUUGAAAGCACCACCCUUUCAACAUAUUUUGGAAAUGAUUGAUUUUGACAACGUGAUUCCACCAGGGAUGUACCAACAGGGCGAACUGCCACACCUUUGGGAUAGGUACAUCUAUUCAAACUCGAGGUUCAAUAGAAUAAACAGCAAACCAACGGAAUUGAUAACAGAUACUAAUGCACCAAUUAACAACAAGCUUUCAACGACGACGGAUGCCAAUGUCAAUAUCACUAUAAGCCUGGUCGUAGACUCACUUGACGAUUCCUACAAUAGCAGGGAGGACAUUAUUCCCUCAAAUCCAGAUUACUUGAACAGAAUAGUAAAGCCCACAAACAAAGCAUUCAAUAGUACUCGAUACGUGUCCGAAUUCAACGAAGAAUUCCAUUAUUCCGCCCGUAGUACACCGUUGAGCAAUGUAAAGAACACUUUAACCCCCACUCUAUUGGGCGAAAAACCCCAAAUCGUAAGGAAAAACUGUUGCAAAUGUCGCUGUCAUUCCGAAGAUGAAGAAAUAAGUGCAGCUAGAAGUAAUUGCUCAAAGAAAACUCAGAAGAGAUUGACUGACUAUUAUCAGUUCACGCGAAAAAAUGUGUCGUGUACUCUAAAUCGGAAAGUAAAACUCAAAGAAAAAUUGUGGGAAAUUUAUCAGCGAUAUAGAAAUUCAAACAACAGACAGUUAUUUAAGAAAAGUUAUGCAUUGGAACGAGUGAUCAAACAUUUCCAACUAAUAGAAGAAUUCAGUUAUUAUUUAAACAACUUGAAAAGUAUGAGUUCCACCUCGGGUGAAAAGAAGCAAGACGGUGAACUGACUAGAAACGAGCACUCACUCACGAACGGAACGAGUCGUAGAGUACCUAAGAUAGACAACGUAGAAAAUAAAGAUGCUAACUAUGCCUACAACUUUUUCGAAAAAGUUGAGGAAACACUACUCGCCGAGAAUAAACACUCCCAGUACGAGACGUUUCUGGAAAUACUGCAAACAUUCAACGAAAGGGAAGAUCGCGUUGCUGAUCUUUACUAUAAAAUUGAAAAUCUUCUGGUUGCAGAUCAUCCCGAACUAGUAGACUUAUUUCUGACAUUUCUUCUGCCAGGACAAGCCGCUGAAGUUGGAAAAUUUCUGGAACAUUUUAUUCUUACCAACGCAAAUGACUUUCUUGCCAAGCUCAACAUAUAUUUUGCCAAACAACCAUCUCAAAUCAAAAAGGUUUAUUCCUGCAUCAAUGAUCUCUCCAACGAGUCGGAUGUCACCAUGGAGCAAAUAAAAUCUCGAAUAUUGCCUCUUCUGAAGGGGAAUCCGCUUCUGAUAGAUUGGUUUCUGCAACUGUUCCCACCAGAGAAACCACCGGAGAGUAAUCUAAGUGAUUACGAAGUGGUUUCAUUGAAAAAACUUCCUCCCUCCGACUUUGCAGAUCCAAAUCAAAUCUACGAAGAUGUCCCGUUUGUGGAGGUUCCUGCGGAAUCGGUUUGUGGAACGAAAUACAUUCAAGGCCGGAUAGUGUAUGGAACAUUGCCGGCAAGACUUUCGUUUCUUUCUCACGAUUACGUGGUUCCGGCGUCUCCCCAAAACGAAUCAUCCCCCAUUAAAGGUUGUGUUCACAAUCUACGGCAUGUUGAGAAAACGAAAAAUGCAACGGACGGAGAGGAAAAAGAGCAGGAUGAACUGGUGGAAGGAAGUCGAGAAGAUCCUCGGUACAAGCUCUGCGAUGAUGCAACCUUCAAAGCACAUGCUAUUAGAUUAAAUCCACUAGUGCACGGCGGAAAAGGCACAAACUAUGCCGAAGUAGCGCAUCUACUGGUUUCUGACGGAGAACAGGCUAUUGAGAACGAUGCCCUCUCGGAGGAGGAAAAACCAGUAUCACCGAAAAAGUGUGCGGCAGUAAAAUUGCUACCCAAAAAACGUAUCAAUUCUCCCGUCAACAAAAAGCCAUGCAUUGGCAAAAGCUCGUCACCUACGGCGAAUAAGAGGUCACCAACUACGUCGGUACCAGCGGAUUCAAAGGUGGUUGCCAUUUCCAAAAAAUUGAAAGGCAUUAUGGAAGCGCCCAAUGCAGAAUCGAAUCUAGAAAGUCUUCAACUAUCCACUACGGUUGCAAUCAAGAGAAAACCAAAUUCUGCAGCCGCCACUCCCACACCAGUUCCAGUGAAACGAGAGAGAUUAACGAAAAAGUCUUCAUCGGAGACGUUGCAUAUUGAGGAGGCGGAAGGCCAUAAUCAACCCAGUUGGACUAGGGAUGAGGAUAAAAUAAUCCUGGAGGAAAUCAAGAACGGUUUCAGUACCGUGGAUGAACUGGUCAAGCGCAUCGAGGGAAAAAUUGAGAACAGACAGCUGUCGGAAAUCGAAAGGAGAUAUGAAUUUUUGAUGGAGGUACUAAAGAAAUUUCAGAAGGGAAAUUAAAUCCGUUAUAUCCCGCACUGGGAGCUGAUCACAGAAGUAUUUUACGUUCAGUACUGCAACCAUGACAUGGAACGAGAAACAUGCUAAACACUACACAAUACAUACAUUUGCAAAAUGUAUUUCUUGCAAGUAAAUGAUUCCGAAAAUAUC